UUUCAACAUCAUAAUAACAGUCCAGUCAUCAAUAUACGCAAUUUACUUUGCAUUUGUUGCAUUUAAAAUCCUCAUUGUUCACGAAUACCUAUUUAUUUGAAUUUUACACGCAACGACGACAUUAUUUUCGUCACAUUUUCAAUUUGUCCAACGAAAAAAAAAGUGUUUUUGGCAAAAAUAGAAAAUUGUGUCAUACACAAUGUCGCGUUCAGAUUGUGAUAGUGAUGGUUUUGAAAGUGCUGAAGAUGAUGAUUUUGGUGUAGAAAAACCGUCAGCCAAAUCUGAUGGUGAUAAAAAAACGGCCACAAAACUAUCAUCAAAGAGUGCAAAAAUGGCAACAAAUGAAGCUGCCACCAAAGAUGUUGAAACAAUUGAUAAAUUCAAAGCAUUGGACGUGAAAGAACCCGAAGAAAAUGACGAUUGGGGUUGGGGCGAUGAUGGCGAUGACGAUGAUGCGAAUAAUUUUAAAUUUGAAUCAAAACCAACGACGAAUGAAAAUCCAAAAGUCGAAGCUCGACGCCCGGAUAAUUUGGGUGACAGUCCGCAAAAUGUAAAACAAGAACCACCAUCGCAAGUAUUUCAAAGUCAACCAGAAACACCAUCUGCAUGGAGUCCAUGGUCAGGAAUGGUAUCGUUAUUAUCAACAGCAUCAACGGGUGUUGCAUCGUUUACUUCGCAUGUUUCGUCUGUGAUUGAAUCAAAUAUUGGUAUACCGGAUCCGGAAAAAUUUGCCCAACAACAGCAGCAACAAGAGAAAACGGAACCAAACACCACCAAUGCCAGUUCACCAUCGCCCGAUUGUGAAUCCAUCGAUAGUAAACGACAAAAUGAUGAAAAACUACUGAAUUUGGGCAGUUUUGUAUCGAAUGUCACAUCGAUAAGUAAUCGUGUUAUUGCUGGUGGCCUGGAUACGCUCGAGGGUAUUGGCAAAAAAACGAUGACAAUCAUUCAAGAGAAUGACGCUGGCCUAAUAAGCAAACGCAAACUACUUGGGUUGGACAAUGAAAAGCCUGUAUUGAGUCAAGUGUUACGCGAAGCAAAGGAGAAAUCUGAAGAGAGUGAAAAAACCAUGAAAUUAACGCAGAAAAAACUCUAUCGAAAGCAAUUACAUUUUGAAACAUUAUUCGAUGAUUACCAUGGUCUUGUCCAUUUGGAAGCAUUGGAAAUGCUAUCGAAACAAGCAUCAUUGAAAUUACAAGCAUUGCUUAUGCCACUGAGUGGUAUUGCAUUGAACGAAUUACAACAGACCAUGAAUUCGGUCACCGAAUUAUGUGAAUUGAAUGAAUUGGAUCAGGAUGAUACGCCCACACAUCUAUAUGAUGUGACCGAAUUGGAGGAAAAACUCAAAACAGCCACCGAAGAUUUUGACAUACCACUCGAUUUUAAUGAUAUUUUGGACACGUGGAAAGAGAGCCACAAUUGGUUGGAAAAUAACACGGACGAACAUCAGCCGCAACAGAUUCAUGAUAAUGCAUUGAAAUGUUUGGCAAAAACAUCGGCAUUGGCUAUCAAUAAAUACCAUAAAUUAGCUGAAUUACUUUUAAUUAAAGAUCAUCACAGUACGGUUAAUGAGUCCGAUUGUCUACUACAAUUGACAAAUACAUUCUGCUGGCAUUUGGGUGGCAUUGCAACCUUGUACAGCGACAAAUUAACCAACAUUACCACUAGCGAUCCGGAAAUCCAAACAAAUAACCUGAUUACAAACAUUUUCUUGGAGGGCUCGAAGAGCACAUCAUACGUUCAAAAUGGUUUUCAAUUGUUUAUUCCAAUUCUUCAAGUCGGUGCUGUUUAAAUUCGAUUCACCCCACCAAUUUAUAUAUACCACCAAUGUAUUUUUGGGCCGAAUAUCCAAGUCACUUCUUUUAAAUGGCACUGUCAUAUCCCAUGUAUUGUUACUUCAAUUUUGGUUGAAUUUUAAACGUCUAUAAAUAUGUAAAAAAAAAAAACAACAAAAUCGGUCGAAAUUUUAGUUCUUUUUAUAAAUUAAAUAAAA